AUGAAGCAUUCUGUGAUUUGUCACUUUGUUUGUCACUUUGCGACCUCUGACAUUCAGCUUAACCAUGUCCUACUUUCAGAGAACCCUUCUUAUCAACAGAAUAUUUACCAGGCUCAGGACUUGGUAGAUCUGUUUUUGGAUUCUCAGCCGGGUGACCACAAUGAUUUCCCAGAGGGAGGAGAGGAAGAGGUACUCAGUGAUGUAUCCAUGGAAGAUAACGACAGCGUGUCUCUUGAGCUUGACUAUUCCCCAAUUAUCUCAGACAUGACUCUAAAGCCAUCAAACAGUCUUCCAAUGAACACUUAUUUUAUCCAUCCAUCACCCGGUCAAGCAAACUUUUCAAAGGAUUCACCGUUGUCCAAGGCAGAGUUCAAUGAACAAACACCCCCAUCCACCAAACUGCUAGCAACAAUUCACCAGCAAGUAAAAACAAAGCAACAAUUUGCCUGUUGGUACCUGCUAUCAAAGUUUUUCCCACCCAACAACUUUUUACCAAGCCGAUCAAGUUGCACUAUUGUCACAACAGAAGAGUUUCAUGGCAUGGACCCCACAAGAGGAGAAUGUUGA